GCAUGUCCAAAAGCUUGGGUUGGUCCUCUUUUUUUUUGUUUCCUCCAAAAAAUACGCCUUUUUGUUUACUGUUUUUUUGCCAGUCUAAUUUUUCUUCUAAUUUUGUACAUUUCUAUUUCUAUACAUUGACACAAACACAGCGCCCGCACUUAAUACUUUCACUUUUUUCUUCUUUUUUUGCACACUUACGCCCAGCAGCAGCUCAACAACAACAACACUCGCACGCACACUCGCUCUCACACGCAUUUCGCGACUCGUAUAAAUGACAGAUGCAGCGGGCGUCGAGAACUGGGCCGACAUGGAAUUUCUAAACGAGCGCGUGUUUGGAAGCAUUGACGGACGGGCACGGUCAACAUCAGGGUCCCCAAUAUGGCUCACGGCGCCCAACGGCAGCAUCAGCCAGCCAAUGACACCAUCGCCAUACGCAGCCAACAACUGGCAGGGCCGGCUAGCCAGGUGCACAGAGAGCAGCGACCCGGGUGAAGUUGAAGACUGCCUGGCCGAACUCAGCGCGCACAUGGAACCACACAACAGCGACAGCCAGGCACUCGAUGCACUGCGGCUGCACGUGCCACGGCUGCUCUCGCACUUCAAAUGGUUUGUGCGAGCGCGCGCAUACAAGCUGCUUCGGCGUCUGCCCUCCCCCACCUUCCUGGCGUACUGCCGUACGUACAUAGAGUUCUGUGUGAUGCACACGUUGGCGCUGGACGACGGCGUGCAGGAGGAGCGCGAGCAGGGGCUCAAGUUUGUGCGCUGGACGAUGCGCUUCGACGCCGGCGAUUGGAUGCUCAGCCCGCAUGUAAUUAAGGCGCUGAUGGCCGUGGCCGAGCAGGCGGACGACGGUUUGCGCGGCAUAUGCCUGGAGACGCUGUGCGAGUGUCUGGUUCGCGAUCCUGAGCGGCUGUGGUAUGUCGGUGGCCUGCGCACGCUGACGCAGGCAGCGCUGGAUGGGCCCUGGGCUGUGUCGGUGGCCAUUGCCAGUGCACUGGCGCACCUAUUCGACCGCACCGAGACCCGGCGCUUCGUGCAUGCCGGCGUGACUCUAGGUGGGAUCAUUAGCGCGCUGACGGAGCCGGCAGGCAAGGACCCCAUGCUGAUGGAGCGCGCCAAAAUUGCCGCCUUUAUGCUGACGCAGCUGCUCAAGUCGUGGGGCGGUCUGCAGUAUUUUUUGUCCGACGGGCGGCGCGGCAUCGGCGCUUUGGUCGAGGCGCUAGCCAUGGCUGACGCUAACGCCAAGGUUCUUCUGGGCAUGCUCUUGGAGCUCUUUGGCCUGUCCGACGACUUUGACGCCGUGCAGUUUGAGCAGCAGCCGCGCUUUGACGUCGACCUUCUGGCGCCGUUUAGCCUGCCGUCGCACGCGCUUACGCAUGGCGCCGCACGCACACGCCUGCUACCUGUUGAUUACAUGCGUACGCUGCUUUUGACUGUUUUUGUCGACGCCGGGCUUGUCGACGCCCUGGUAUCCGCCGCACUAGCGUCGUCGCAGGCCGAGGUCGCCGAUGCCAGCGCAACGCUGCUCAAGUGGCUCGCGCAGCACCCGCAUAUGCCGCUGCCAGAGUCGCACGUUGCGCGAUUCCAGACGCUCGGCGGGCUUGUUGGCGCCGCGCUCACUGACGACUCGCCGAAGGCGCUGGCCGCGCGCCGGAUUGUCAGCCGCAUCGAGGUUAUCCCCAGCCUGUCGCUGGGCCAGAUGCCCAGCCAGCAGACCGACGUGUGGGCUGCCAGCCUGGCCUCCAGUUUUUUUUACCGCCAUCACUUGCGCCAGCGACGCCUACACCAGCAGCUGAAUGCGCUCGAAUCUGCCCCCGCCGCCCACGCUCACUCCCAUGCCCACGCGCUCGCUGCAUCCGCCACCACUGACGAGGAGACGGCCCCCGCUGCUUUUAUCCCGCAGCAACAUUUGAAUAUAAUGGCGCUGCCUAGACCAUCGCUACAGCCUGGAAGCGCCAGCGUUAUCGGUGGUUCGAAGGGGCUGGCUGCAGGGCUCAAGGGCAAUGCUGCACGAGUGUUGCGCAGCAGCGCGUCCACGGGAAACCUCAGGUCGGCGGCAGCGGCAUCAACGACAUCAGCGACAUUGAUGUCAGGCGCAGCAUCGGCGACGCUGGCAGGACCGGCAACAGCAGUCAACUUAGCCAUUCCGAACACCGCAGUGUCUUUGCUUGGCACAGUCAACGAAGACUCGUCGGCGUCUCGUUUCGGGCACAAGUACACGGCCAGCGAUGCCAGCAGCAUUAUCAACUUUAGGGGCCGCCACUCGCUGGAUAUAUCGCGCAGCCAAUUUCUCCCACCGCAGCAGCACCAGAACGUUGCACCGCCAGCGCUGCGCGGACCCACGCCGGCGACCAACGGCAUUGCGCAGUUCAUUUCCGCCAUCAGCUCACCCUAUGUGCAGGUUGACUCCAUUGGGCAGACGCAGACCCCCGGCAGCAUCUACAGCCAGUACGCGGGCAGCUUCACGACGCUAUCGCAGGGCCUUGAUUCGCCCAUUACACCGAUACUGACGCCUGUCUCUGCGCCGGCGCCGCCCCUGCUCUCGCGGUCGCGCACAAAGUCACGCAGCCGCAGCCGCAACUCCAUAGUCAUUGUCAACAACCAGGGCGCCGAGGAGACGCCGCUCACGAUAUUGAUUCAAGAAUCGCGUGUCACGUCGGAGGAUAACCCGAUGCGCUGGGACUGGGACGCCAUCCGCACGAUCAUCCUCGGUCACAUUUCGCAGUCACGGCGCCUUCCUGAAGAAGUUACAGUCAGUGGCUUUAUUGUCCGCCUGUCGCAUUUUUUCCAUCCGGCAUCGCUGGAGUUCUGCGAUCUCAGCCGCACAACUGCCAAUGAGGAGUACCUGGAGAUUGGCCGCCAGCUCAUCCGCAUCCUCAUCUCCUCUGCUGACGGCCUGCUGCUCAUAGACGAGAGCCGCUUGUUGUUGGGCAUUGUCGAGGAGAUUCGCAAGCAAAACAGCCACUCGCGCAAGAAGGGCCGCGAUGAGUCGUGCUUUUCGUUUGCGCGCUUGCAGAUGACCAUGUCGCCCGGGUACUUCCACUUUUUGAGCGAAAUUGACCGCACCGUGGGGGGAGAAACACUGCUAGAGCGCAACCGCCUAUUCGAUGCAUACUACCAGGUGGUCGAGAUGCCCGACCAGGUGUUGUUAAUCCAGUAUAUCCUCUCCAGCAUGAGCUACGCGGCACCCGGUCAUGCGCGGAAUAUUCUGCGCAAAGUGUCAUCGUCGCCACACGAGCCGCUGCGCAUGCUUGUGCCCAGCUACCUGCUUUACCUGACUUCCGACACGUCCUGCCGUCCGGGCUCGGUGACCGCCUGGGCUAUCGACGUGCUCCUGAGCCUUCUGUUUGAUCCGCUGCCCGCCGUGCGCAGCGCCGCCGCCCAGUGCCUUGUCUUGGCCUUCGACCUGCCAUGCGAAAACCCCCAUCUCGGCCCCGCCGAAUGCGACGCGCGCAUUGCAUACCUCCUUGAUGUGCACCCCAUGUUCGACCUCACGGUCAUUACCGACAUUAGGCCUCUGAUUCUGCGCUUGAUUGGCACUGAGUGCGGCUUUGCAUACCUCCGCGGCCAGGGCAUCGUUGACAGCGAGAUGGAAGCGUGGGGCGCUCUAGAGGGCAUUUUUUACGUCCAAUUUGUUGAACUAGAUAUCUCACGCGCCCUAGCCUUUGGGCCUCUUUUCAGCAGCACACCUGACGGAUCCAUGAUGAUGACGACGAGCCCGCAGACGCCCCCGACGCCGCCGCACCUGUUUGGAGAACUGGCCAAGAACACGGGCGGCCGCGCUUUUCUCGAGGAAGUUGGCAUUCCGCGGCUUCUUUUCGAGACACUGGCAAAUAUUCAAUGGAACUCGGAAUUGUCGGCAGACAUUGUGGGGCUCAAGGCCACGCUGUGGGCUAUCGGUGCCAUGGGUGCCUCGCGCGACGGCUAUCUAAUGCUUGCGCCAUUCGAUGCCCUUGGUAAACUCACUGAGGUUGCACGCCAGGCCAAUUCCAUGUCUAUUAAAGGCACCUGUAUGUAUGCCCUGGCGCUCUUGUCCCGCAGCGUCUUUGCAGCCGAAACAUUCCGCGAAAAGGGGUGGCUUAUGUGCACCUCCUGCCAUGGCACAUACGAGUAUGCGGUGCCGCGGCGCCUAGAAUCUAUAUUCAAUGCCUCCGAUUGGGCCGCCGGCGGCAUGCUCGACGGCACCUAUGUUGUGAGCGAGGGCCUGGUGCGCGAGCACGAUGUCACAGACGAUGUUGACUCGGUGCAAAAGGAGAUUAUCGAGUCUAUCAUUCUGAUGGGCAACCAUGUUCUGGUCAACAAGGCAUCCAAGACCUUAAUGCGCCUGCGCACCUCGCACCCGCACUACUUCCGGCUCCUUUCUUUGUACAACAAGGCUAUGCAUCUGUUAGGCAAGUAUCGGUAUAGGUUGUCGUCGAGGCGUUUUGUUUAUAAUAUCUUUGACGUCAAUUUGGCCGCCUUGCACGACGAGGCGCUGGCCAAGAUAACCACAGAAAGCCAGGCUGGAGAAAGGGAUGGUGUUCCAGGCGGUGUGAGUGGUCGAAGGUUUUCCUCGUCAGUGGCCGCCACAGUGGUCGGCGAGUCGUUGUCGGCAGAUAGCGAGGCGCUUAGGAAGCGCGCAUCUACUUUGCAGGAGUGCUCUUCGGCCUUUUCGACUCCGCAGCCGACAACCAUGUUUUCUAGACGACCGACCAAUGGCUUGUUGGAUGAUAUUCGGCCAGCGAUUAGACGCACACAAGCACAACAGGAGUUGCAAUAAAUAUAUACGGAUAAAAGCUUUUUUAUUUUUGGGUCCGACUAGAACUAAAUUGUUUUUCUAUGGCUUAAUUUUGGUCGAGUUAUUGGGUACUGCAGAAUAAAUAAAACACAAUGUUGAUUUAUUGAUAAUCGAACUGGCAAUAAAACAUACAUAAAGUGAUCUAAAUCAACGAUAUUUGUGUGAUUCGAUGAGUGACAUAAAACACGUUGGCCCUUUUAUUAUUUAUUUUUAAACGGCAACGAAAUCACUAUUAAAAAUCAAAAUAUAAAAUUAAUCAGUGUUCGAGGGCCAUUCGCGGUCCCGUUUUUCAGAGGGACUCUCAGAGAGCCUGAGAGUGCGGCCAGAGACUGGGCUAAGAACAAUAUGUGACAACAUGGUUGAUGACUAUGUAUUUUUUGGUUGGACGCGGAAAAGAAAAGAAAAAUAAAUGAAAAUGCAAGCUGCAAAAAAAUUAUUGUUUUUGG